UAUAGACGGAACCCGUUGAGAAAAUGGCGUAGUUGGCGUCUCUUUAUUUCUGGGUUGAAAAUUGAUAUUGUUUUAUCAAAAUACUAGGCAGUUUGUUGUAUUUAGCAGUAUAGAGGUAAGCCAUGGUCGAUAAAGUAUUAUUGAAAUUUCAGUGUCAAGAUUCCAUUUUCGAACAUUAUUUCUUUAUACUUAAAUUGUGUAAGUGGAGUUGCCCCAUAUUUGGGGGGGAAUUUUUCUGCUGGUUUGGCGACCGGUUGAUGCAACUUUCCCGCCUGGAUUGUCAGUUCACAUAUGCAAGUCAUUGAAAAUCGUCAGAAUUAUUUUAAAAAAAAUAUCUACCUUAUUAACAUUCCACUUUGUAAAAAUAGCCUAAUAUAGGCAUAUUUUUAGAAAACGUAUCAAUCAUAUUCAUACUCAUACAUAGAAUAUCUGCCAUUUACUGAUUUACUAGGACUAGGUUUAUUUAGUGGUCUGAGGAUAAUCGCCCCCAACAGUACAGAGGUCCUCAACUUUGUUUUGUAAGGAGAAAUUUUGGCUAAUUUGGAGAGAUAGCACCUUGAUGUCAUUUGUGUGUUUUGUCCCACUCCCUGGUUCCAAUAGGAUCAAAACCCUGGUUCCGAUUCUGCAGAUAGGGUCAAUACCCAGGUUAAGGCUUAGGGAUACAUUUAGGACAUCAAAUUCAAUAGUAGAUCAUAAAACUGGUGUUGGCAAUGCAUGGGGGCCGACGAGUAUACUCAUUUCAAGAAAUAUGUGGGGGGGGGGGGGGCAAUGGAUAUUAGAAGGGAGAAAUACUGAAAGCGAGAGAGAGGAUAAUUAUGAGAGUGGGGGCGCUUAAUAAUGAAGGCAGGGAGGUCGAAAGUUCUAAAAGAAAAAGACCCUACAACUCAUUUCAAGAAAUAUGUGGGGGGGGGGGGAGCAAUGCAUUUUAGAAGGAAGAAAUACUGAAAGCGAGAGAGAGGAUAAUUAUGAUAGUGGGGUCGCUUAAUAAUGAAGGCAGGGAGGUCGAAAGUUCUCAAAGAAAUAGACCCUACAUCUUAAAGAGGGCCAUUAUAGGGUAAAUAGUGAGCUGUUGGGGUAGCCUACUUCUCGCGCAAGAUUAAUAGCCUAAAAUAAAACUUUUUUGACAGUAUAUCUAUUGAAAGUCAACUGGCAAGUAUUGGUCUUAUUUUCUUUGGUUCAUAUUUUAAAUUAAGGCUACGAGGUAGAGCUUUAUAAGAUAUUUAAACAAAGAUAAGACUUUUUAAAAAAAUUUUGCCGGCGACCUCUUGUCAUAUGAAAUGCCCGCUGGAAGAAUAUCUCCCUCACUAUUUAUCCGGUCACCGGACGUGUAGACACUGUCAAUUAACCCUCUGGAGACGGAGCCGUUUCGGGGUGUAUGUGCCAAAAAGACAGAGCAAUUUUUACGAGCUCGAGACUCGCAUUGCAAAAAAAUUUAUAAAAAAUAAACUAUUCCCUUAAUAUAUGUAAAACUAUAUAUAUUCUUGUAGGAAAUUGAAUGAACUAACACAAUCUUUAUGAAUCAAACUGACAUAUCAAAAUUUAUGCAAAUGAGGUACCCUUAUUUGCAUAAUUUAUGCAUGUAAUUUUUUGUUACACCUAGAACAAACAUGACUUACUUGUAUCAAUUGUGUGAAUUUUUUGAUGGAUGAAGCCUGAAUAAGUCCUAAUACUUAUUUUUUUGGGGAAAAGGGCCCAUGAAGGCCCUUCAGACACCUCUGGCACAUGGUUCUACUCUUUUCCCACCCCCACCCCCUAUUUUUCAGUUGUUACAGACAUACUGUAACAGGCCCCCAUUUAUAACCUAGGGACCUUCUCUUAAGGUGGUCCAUGGGUCAAAAAAAAAUUUUCUAUGUUUCUUAAAUUAAAAAUUUUUUUUUUAGUACAUACUAACUAUACACCAAUAGAAAGACAAAAAAACAUAGAAGUUUAUUUAAAAAAAAAUUUUUUUGACUUUUAUUGCAAAAAUUAUUUCUAAUUUUAUACAAAUAUUGACAGUUACGCAAAAUGUAUCAACACCCAAAAGAUUUAUCAACAUCAUAAUGAAACUUGGCACACUCAUUAAGAAUAGAGUUGUUAAAAAAAUUACAAAAGCUUUCUGCAUUACAGUUAUUGGAGCAUCUACAAAUGACAUAUUUGUGGAGUCACAUAAUUUUCUGGCAAAAUACCGGGGGUAGCAUAUGUAAAAAUAUAAUUUUAAAAGUUCUGUUGGACAGAUCUGAAAAAAGGAGAUGUCACUUUGUAGAUAAUAUCAAUGGUAAGAAGCAUGGAAAGUUUGAAGCCUGUAGCUGUUAUACUUUUCCUCCUGAUGCAAUUGGCAUUCCUAAAAAAUCUGAAAAACAUGAAGUUGAGAAAAACGAAAAAGAAGUCCAAAAAUGUUUUUUUUUAAAAAUUAAAGACGACAUGAACAAGAUAUAAUGCAUAAAACGUGUACAUAUACUAUUCAUAAAUGAAAAACCAAUAUAAAAAUACAGAUAUAAAAGAUAGAAAAUUAACAAAGUCAUAUUUUCAAACAUCAACCUCCCUGUCCCAAAUAAAAAGUGUAUAACAAUAAAAAAUAAUUAAAAUUUUUCUGUUGGACUGAUCCAGAGGAGGGAGAUGUCAUUAUGUAGAUAAUAUCAAUGGUAAAAAGCAUGGAAAGUGUGAAGCCUGUAUCUGUAAUACUUUUCUUCCUGAUACAUUUCGCGUCCAUGAAAAAUCUGAAAAAUGCAAAGUUGUGAAAAACGAAAAAUAAUUUUUUUUUAAUUAAAGACUACUUGAACAAUGUAGGAUGUAUAUACCAUGUACAAGAACCAUUCAUAAAAUUAAAAAACAAUAAAAAACACAGAUAUAAAACACAUAAAAUUAAUAAAGUCACGUUUUCAAAAUAACAACCCCCAUCCCAAAUAAAAUUAUAAUAAUAAUAAAAAUAAUUUUUAAAUCUCUGCUUGACAUAUCUAAAAGAAGGAGGUGUUAUUAUGUAGAUAAUAUCAAUGGUAAAAAGCAUGGAAAGUUUGAAGUCUGUAGCUAUAAUACUUUUCCUCGUGAUGCAUUUGGCUUGGCAUUCCUGAAAAUCUGAAAAAACGCAAAGUUGAGAAAAACAAAAUAUUUAAAAAAAAAUUAAAGUCUACUUAUUUAACAACAUUGGAUGCAUAUACCAUGUACAUAUACUAUUCAUAAUUGAAAAAACAAUACAAAAACACAGAUAUAUAUGAUAGAAAAUAAUAAAAGUCAUGUUUUUAAAAGCAACCCCUUGUCGUAAAUAACAUGAUUAUAUAAAAAAUUCUGGAAAAAUUGUCUAUCAUGUGAGUGUGAGGUAUUUAGAUAUAACACUAUCCCUCCUGAGUGAGCCAACUCCCAUCAUAGGACCAUCAUCAAUGUCUACUACCUCUGCAACUUAUCCUUGUNAAUGAAUAUAUUGAAAUAUUUUUUGUAUUACAAUUUUGUAUAUUUAGGCAUAAAGUAGCUUUCAAUUUGAUUCAUAAGCCUACGCUCAUUACAUUUUUAUAUGUCUGCGUAUAUCACUGUUUCGUAGUAGUAUUAGUACUAGUCACUAGUAAGUAGGCCUAGUUACUAGUUACUAGCCCUAGUGAUAAUGACACUGUAUUAUUAUACGAAACCUAGCUCAACCUUCACUCGAACGCCUAAAACUAGCUAAAACUAUUUAAUAUAAAUUAAAUUAUACAAUAAUUAAUUCAACUUACCUUUUCAAAGCAAAAAAAUAAGUUCAAAUUUGAAUUUAUUUGAAGACUGCAAAAGUAAAGUCGAUCGAUCGAUAAAAGGUUACGCCAACUGGACACAAUGAAUUUGGUAGACGGCCAUUGCAUUGUGGGAUAGAUUUCUGACUUGUUGAUGAAGUCUAAAAAUAGCUGACCAAUGACAAUAUCCGAUUUAUUGAAACUUUAAAUCUCGACCAAUAAGAACAUUUGUUCGAGCGAAAAUAUAGAGGCUUUGCCGAACAAAGAGCUCCCGCCAGCCUUAUUUCUGAACAUUUUAGUGGGCGAUACCAUUACCGAGUAGAGAGGCUAAGCUUUCCAUCGAUACCAAAUAUGACUAUAUUGCGUUGUAAUUAUAUUGUAAAAGCGAAGGGUGCGCCAGGGGGUCUAUGGGGCCUGAAUUUUGCCCCAGAAGUCAAAAUUUGCUCCUACCAUGCUACUUUAAAAUACAUUUUUAACAACUUUAAAUUAUUUUUUAAUGAAAAUGGUAAAAACCAAAAUGUUCCUUAGAUGUUUAUCUAGUAAAAUUCACCAUAAUCUCAUUUUUGAUAAAAAUUAUAUAAAUAUCGAUAUUUUCCCCCGUGGACCACCUUAAGCUGAAUGUUACUGACAAAUGUGUCUGCAUAUCAAUUGGCCUCUCUCAUUUAACACUUGAGUGAUAUUUAGUGUAAAAAAUAGCAUAAAAUACUCAAAUGGGGUGCUUAUGACUUAUUUAUAGGACUUAUGUUGUCUAAAAAUUCAGAGGGGUCAUCUCUGUCCAUUUGAGGACCCCUAAUACUAGUAAUACUAAACCAAGAGUUCACAACAUUAGCAUUACCCUCAAUUUGAAAGUCUUCAUUAAUUCCCUGGUUGUUUUCAGCAGUUUCAGUGUCAAAUUCACUGCUAGAAUAUCAAAAUUACUAAGCACAGUUUGAUCAGAGUCACUGUCAGACAUGUUCGAAAUUCACGAUGUAACUACACACACACACAAAAAUUCCUGCAAACAAAUACAUUGAGUUCACCUUCAACGAACGCCGCCAUUACAAUGCCGGGAUGUGCAGGAAUGCGUAUGAAUAAUUUUGAUUCGCUGGUACAACGCCAAGCCAGCCAAUCGUGAGGCUCGAUCUAUCAGGCCGACGGCUCGGACUUGACGUCUUUCUCGCUAGUGUACCUCGGGCCGAUAGAGAUCGGCCCUUACGUCUCCAGAGGGUUAAAAAAGAAGGGAUGGAGAGAAAUUUGUUAUUUCAACUACUUACCAAAAGAUAGGAGAGUAGGGAAAUGAGCAAAUUUUUUUUUUAAAAAUGGAAGAGAAAAAAAAAAGAAAUUUUACCUGGGUAUUGACCCUAAACCUAACCUGGGUAUUGACCCUAAACUGAACUCCCUAAAUUGAUCCCUAAACCUAACCUGAACCCUGAAUCUAUCCCUAAUUCAAACCCUAAAACGAGCUCUAAAGCCGCAUGUAAAAACACAUGGAAUUUACACACUGUGCAAGAAAACUAUGAAAAUGAACCAAAAAACAUUUUUAAAAAUUCUAUAAUAUUCAUCCUGAAAGUCCAAAAAUAACAUAUUUAUAUCUCGAAUGCUGUAAAAAUACCAUGCAAUUUUUUGUUGAAAUAUCUUCAUAAUAUUGCCAUUUAUUUUCGCAAAUGAACUGACUUCAAGUUUGGACCAUGUUAAAUUUCACAAGUACAGUAACUUUACUUUUCCAAUGACUGACUGUCAGACAGACUGAAUGGCAGAUUUCAAGUUAUAGGCCGAUUGAAAAGGGGAACUCUGUUCUUAAGGGGGUUAACUAUUUUCUAAAUUAUCAACAUUUUAACAUGUUUAAAGUUUUUAUAAUAUCCAUAUGGGCUUAGAUAAGCAAAAUUUCUUGGAAAAUUUAAUUAUUUUCAAAAAUUUUACUCCAGCGGAUUGGAAGUGUUUUAUAUAAAAGCCACAGCAGGUACAGGUCUCAAAUUUUGCUUUUAAUAAGCCAUAAGCCUACUAAAUAUGAUAACAUUGAGUCUUUGGGUAAAAAGAUAGCAGACUUUUUUUUUUUUUUUAAUUUCCAUUUGGUGCUUUUUUUUUUUUUUUUUGUUAUAAAAUUUUUUUUUUUUUUUAAUGUCCAUUUGGUGCUCUUUUUUUCUUUUUUGGUCACAAAAUUUUUUCUUUAAAAAUACCACUUUCAGUUAAAAUAAUUUUUUUUCAUGAUCAUUUUUAACCAAACUUGUUCUGUCACCGUAGACUUAAACCAUAUUUAAACAAGUAUACCCAAUUUUAAAACAAUUGAACUGGUAAAUCCAUAGAAAAAUGAAUAAUAACAUUCAGUAUCCUUAAAAAAAAAAUUUAUUUUGAGAAAAACAGAAAUUAAACUUUUCUUUGAAGAUAAGAAAAAUUUGUUCAUAAUAUAAGCAAAUAAAGUCCAUCUAAUUCAACAUAAAAAUUAUUUGGCAAAUUAAUAAGUAGGGGUGUGCCGGACCCCGGUCCGGAAUCCGGUUCCGCCGGAUUUUGCACUAUCCGGUGAAAUCCGGUUCCGCCGGAUUUACAUGUAUCCGGAACAACCGGAUUCCGGAAUCCGGAAUAUACCGGAUUUCGGAAUUUGCCAGAUUUUGUGACUCACCGGAUCAUAAUCUGAAAUAAAAGUAAUUCUCUUUCCCGAAUUUCACACGAUCACGAUACAUUAAUCGAUUGUUUUGAGCGUUGAGCUUGUUUAAUGUUUAAUAUUCCGUACAUACCAGAGGCUAGAGUCAGCACCGCUAAUAGUGGCCAAUAGUGUAGGGACUUUGAUAAGAAAAUGUAAACUUUUUGUAAAAAUAAACCAAUGGCAUAGUUGAAAAGAUGUAAUUUUUUAAAGAAUUAUAACACCAAAAUCAUAUUUUUAGCUGUUGUAGUUUUAAAGUUAUGAAUUUUUAAAGUACGACUUGGUUUGUCAUUUUUUAACAUGGACUGCAUCUCCACAUUCUGUGAUCUCAUUCCACCAAUCCCGUCAUGCGCAAUGACUAUAUAGUUUAUAUAAGGCAACGCAUUCCCUGCCUUAUCACUAAAAUACUGUUUAGACUUAGUUUAAACUUUCAACUUUGGCACAUGAAUAAUUAAUUAAAGCUUUCCCUGACCAAUGGUUUAAUAGUUUUUGCACACGGCAAACUCUUAUGAAUGAAACUCUGAGGUAGUACUACGAUACAGUUAUGCAAGUGGCUGUGAAUGGUUGCCAAUGACAACGUGUUGCACACGGUAAAUUCUGAUCAUUUAUAAUAUGGAUUCUACCGGGUUGUUAAAGCUCAAAUUAAAACAUUCCAGUUUAAAUGUCUUUAAAUGCAUUCUGAAACACAAGUUAUCAAUUAUUUUGAUGUAAAUAGUGAUAAUAAAUUAAUAUUUCCUAAGUAUCGUCAACUUCCGCCAUUAAAAAGGGGGGCGUGGCCAACCCCAUGGCGAAAUUAGGUUGAGCGAGCUGCAUAACCUGCUGCGAACGCGUAGAAACAUGGCGUCUCUCGUAAGACACUUAUCCAAAUGGAACGGAACUCAAAUAUAUAUCGAAAGUACAAAUUUAAUAAUAAAUAGACACACACAUCGGAAAAUUAAAAACUCUGAUUUUUUGGCGCCGAUUGCGAAUUCCCAUACACAAAAAGUAGUAGUCCACCUUGACAUACCGAAGUAUCUACCAAUAGUACCAAAAUCCGGAAUCCGGGAGAAACCGGUAUCCGGAUCCGGCGGAUUUCGCAUAAGAAAAUCCGGAUCCGGUUGGAAAAAACGGAUCCGGCACACCCCUAUUAAUAAGCAAAAAAUUGAUGUAAAGUUAUGGAAAAUAAAUUUUCAGUGACUAAUAAGCAACACCCACCCUGGAAAAAAAAAACCUUAUAAAAAGAUGAUCUUAAUAUGCAUAUCAAAAACAUUAUUACAACAUUAUUAUGACUUAAAUUCAAAAUAUGGUACACAAUCAAUAAAAAUUGGAUUAUAUACAUUUUAAAUUUAUAAAAAUACAGUAACAUAAAAAAUCAGCCCCUCCUGGUAUAUACUGCGCGCCCCCCCCCCCCCCCCCCCCCCCCCCCCCCCCCCCCCCCCCCCCGCUAUUUUUCUAACCCUCCUUCUCAAUGUUUCAUUAUUUUCCAAGGACUUCUGGGCUUUACAGAUACAAGUACUGUUCCUUUUUUUUUUUACCAAGAAGGUACGUUUGAAUACCUGCCUUCAAAUUUAUUAGGGUAAAAAAAUCUUGUGAGGCCUUCGAUCCCAUGUUGAACUCCCCAACACCAAUACAUACUGCAAUUUCCAGCCCCUGCCUACCAAUAAAAAGGUGCUUAGGACAACGACUCCAAAUCACAUAAUGGAUUGAUUCAUUAACAUUCUGCGUCUGGCCCUCAACACACCGCUGCAACAAGUCGUCCUGCGUCAUCUUUUCAAAUACCGGUUUGAUGUGCUCUGCAACUAAAGGACAUAGAUAAGUUGAGAGCAUCUUCUCAUGCGUCCCAAGUGGGAGACCUUUUGAUGCAGCUCUCUGGUAGAAGCACCAGGAAGCUGCACCAGUAGGACAGUCACUGUGAAGAGGUUUCUCGUCUGUGGAAAUACAGUGAUAAAAUGUGGCCCAUAUUGCUUUUCACAUUUGAGGAACAGUGGAGUUGGAGCACGUAACGAAGUGGAAAAUAUCAAAAGGUCACGCUUCCGCAAAGGAAAAUGGAGGACAUGGACCAAUGAAAAUGCAAAGAAUUGUUUCUAACUACGAAUUAGCCAAUCAUCUACCUUUGUGUACACGUGAUACACAGCAUAUUUACGUGAAUGGUUAUUUUUAGAUAAAUGAGUCAUCGGAAUGGCAUUCUUUGCGUGAUGUUUAGCUUUCCAACGAUACCAAAUAUGAUAAAAUCGAACAGAGUUUCGGCGCAAACGAGUGUUAAAAACUGCUAAUUUGGCGUCAGUUGUAAACAAAAACAUAGACCCCUCACCCCUUCAAAUCACAAUUAUUAUGUUAAAAUUAUAUAAUUUUAUAAUUUUAAUUUUACCAAAUGAUAAUAGAGACAUUAAUGUAACAGAAAAUCCAAGUUUUCAAGAAUCAAUAUUUUUGUCAAAUUUCGACUAUUUUGUGACCUGUGGAUCCCCUUAAAUCCAGCCCAUUGCCAGCAUUGAGCUUGACCAACACUAACUUCAAGUCUGUACCAGUCCUUUUGAGUUGCCCUAGACCAUUGGUCGGCAAAUGGCGGCUUGCCUUGCGGCUCUUUAGCGACAUGAGUGUUGCUCAGCCGUUUGGCCAAAAAAUGGUUUUGAGGCCGAAAACAUGGUUCUAGACAGGUUCUUAAAAAAGAAAAUUGACUCUCAAAAAUUUUGUAUUCGUCCUGCUGCUGAUUUUUGGCUCUUGUGACUAAUAAGUUUGCCGACCACUGCCUUAGACCCUUUCUCGUCCUUAUGAGACCAAACUUAUGAUUAUAUCCCCAAAAAACUAUUGAUUUUCAGACAUAAUACGUUGCAUUUUGAUUGAAAACCCCCACCCCCACUAAUUGACCAAAUAAACUAAUCUUUUGAGCUUGAAACUAAAUUUUUUAGAGCUGAAAAUACUCUAAAACUAACCUGGGGUGAACAGGUCUUCAAAUUGUUAAAUUUCCUGUUCAUAGCCCUGAAGCUAAAGAAGAAAUGCUGUAAUUUAAGCUGCAAUAUUGUUAAUUUGUAAUGAAAUGGUAAAAAUACAGUAAUAAAAUGUUAAGAGAUUUUUUUUUAUUACAUUCCAAUAUUUACCUAAAUUUACUAGCUGUUUUGAAAAUUCAAACGUACCUACUCUGAUAAAUUUGAAAAAUAACUUUAUUUCAAACUUACUUAGAUUGAAAUUAAGCAUUCAUUACUUUUUUUUUUUUUUACACAUUAAUUGUAAUGACCAAUGUUCUUUUAUUGCUUCAAUUAACAUUAUUCAAAUUCUUUUCUCAAUAGAUUUCUCAUCAUUAGUCAUUUGGAAAAUGCCUGAGCUUCAGCAUAUGGAUGUGGCAGUUGCCAACAGGUUUAUUUCUAGCCUCAGCAAGUCACUUCAGGCCUUAUGCCAUGGGUGUAUGGAAUUUGAUUCUGGCAUCGAAAUUGUAGGGUACAUCAAUGUCAAUAUUGAUAGUGGUAGCAAAGUAGACUAUGUCCUUAAUGAAAAGGUACUAAAAAGUACAACAAAUUCUAUGACAUUUGUGAGCAACAGCUUUCUUGCAAAAAAGGAUCAACCUAAACAGACUCGUGAUGGUGCCUGUUCACCCGUUUCAGACACAGGAUCACAGAAUCAAUAUCCAAGUCGUUUUAGAGGCUCAUUUCAUGGUUCAACUUCAUUUUCUCAGUCAUAUGUUUUAAGAGGUUCCCAAAAACGCUCAGUUGGAAUGGAAAGAGACUGGAGGUCUCCGAAAAAGCUUAGAGGUGCUAGACAUCAAUACCCUUCUGCUCAUGAAUCCUCUUCAUCUUCCACUGCAGGUUUACCUUUUUCACCGCUCCCCUCAGUUGAUGGCAACUUUAAAUCCCCACUGAAUCAGAGUACUGAAUUAACUAGUGAUGAUGGGCAAAUAAACAUUAAGAAAGAGAUUUUAGAUAGUGACAAUAAAUCAGAGUUUCCAAAUGAUCAAGAUCAAUUAGAGCAGAAUCAGGAUUUAUCGUCUAUUAAAAGAGAUCCUGAUGCGUCAAUGUUAGGUGAUAAUGAACCUCCUUCAUCAGAUGAACCUUCAGAUACAACUAACAAAGAAUUUAAAGGAACAUUUCUCCGGCCAUCAACAUCUGCAGACCAUCAGUUAGAAGAAGGCUCCUCUGAUGUUAAUAGUCCAACAGCAGAAAAACAAAGUUCUUCACUUUCCAAGUCAUCAGAAGCUUCUGCUUCAGUGAAACAGAGAGUGUCAAGUACAAGUCCUGUUGAUGACAGUGCUUUAUCAGAGGAUGCACCCGUAGAAAACAUUGCUUCUGGCUCAGAAGUGCCAGAAUAUGAUGAAGCCGGUGAAGAAGGAGCAUAUGAUCAGUCAGGUUAUUCAGAUCCAGGAGAGGGCUCUAGUGAUGCUGGUCAAUUUGAAGUAAUUGAAAUUGAUGAUGAAGAUGAAGACGUACAAGCUAUGUUUGCAGAAUCUCGUAAGUUAAUUUCUUUUUUUUUUCUUCUUAAUAUCGUGGCAUUGAUUACUUUAAAGAUUACUGUUCCUCUUUAAAAUUUUAAAAUUAUUUUGGAAAUGAACAGACUUCAAAUUUAGUAAUGUUUUGGAAUCACAGGUAAGAACAAAUGAGGGCAUUACAAAUCUUUAAGUAAUAGUGCCACGUCUUUGUUUAAUUGGUUUCUGGGGUUAUUUUACAAGAAUUCAGUGCUUCAUUGUGCAUCUGCUGCUACAACGUUUUCCCUGUUCAAAUUUACAACUGUUAACAUGUGUUAAGCUUUAAUAAAUUAAGUCUUUAAAAAAUUAAGUUUGGAAAGGCAACUCAGAUUUUAUUAUUUUGUACGUACUUGAGUCAAGGGAAUAACUCUGAAGUAUUUGUUUGUUUUGAUUAGGUAUUUAAAAUCAGUGAAACUGCAUUCAACUUUUAGUUUUUUAAAUUGGAACAAAAAAGUGGUUUGUGGUUGAAAAGUUUGAUGUGAGAAAUUACCAUGUUUGGACACAGUUUGAUAGUUUUUAAAUUGCUACAUAGACUAAUUUAAAAAAAAAAAAUUAGCAAUAAAUGACUUACCUUUUUUCAAUUUGGCAAAAACAAUUUUUUAGGCAAGCAAAACAUUAAAAAUUUAAAAAUUGUUUUAUUGCCAUAUCAGUAUCACUAUAAGUUAUAAAUAUUGCGGAUUCUCUAAUUUAAUUUGAUUGUUAGAACUUGCUGCUUCACAGCUUGUGCUGAAAAAUAUAUCCUUAUCACCCGCAGGCAUUGAACAAGGGUAUGGUCUCAUGUAUGUUAUGUUCUUUGUUGAGACCAUACCUGUUCUUUGAUAUAUAUUUUUUUAGUGAAGUAAACUAUUUUGAAUGACUAGUUACUGGUCAGUUUUAAAUUAAAUUAUUCAUUCGAUGUUACUUUUAACCUUGAAAUUUAAUAUUAUCAAUUAAUAAUUUUCUUGAGUUGCUUGAAUCUAGUUAGGGAUUUUGAGGAAUGACAACCAGCCGUUUCAACCAUCCCAAUCGCUAAAUAAAUUUGGGAACAACCGGGUAGACAUUCUCAAUGGGUACUAUUUACCUAAUCUGGAUAUGAAUGUAUUAUUUAUAUAUUAUUCAUGAUGACACUUACAGCAUGUAAUGCGUUUCACGUAUAAUUCCAUGUCUCCGUAUGAUGCUAUAUGUUAGUUAGGGGUGUGCCGGAAUCCGGUCCGGAAUCCGGUUCCGCCGGAUUUUGCACUAUCCGGUGAAAUCCGGUUCCGCCGGAUUUACAUGUAUCCGGAAUAUACCGGAUUUCGGAAUUUGUCAGAUUUUGUGACUCACCGGAUCAUAAUCUGAAAUAAAAGUAAUUCUCUUUCCCGAAUUCCACACGAUCACGAUACAUUAAUCGAUUGUUUCGAACGUUGAGCUUGUUUAAUGUUUAAUAUUCCGAACAUACCAGAGGCUAGAGUCAGCACCGCUAAUAGUGGCCAAUAGUGUAUGGACUUUGAUAAGAAAAUUUAAACUUUUUGUAAAAAUAAACCAAUGGCAUAGUUGAAAAGAUGUAAUUUUUUAAAGAAUUAUAACACCAAAAUCAUAUUUUUAGCUGUUGUAGUUUGAAAGUUAUGAAUUUUUAAAGUACGACUUGGUUUGUCAUUUUUUAACAUGGACUGCAUCUCCACAUUCUGUGAUCUCAUUCCGCCAAUCCCGUCAUGCGCAAUGACUAUAUAGUUUAUAUAAGGCAACGCAUUCCCUGCCUUAUCACUAAAAUACUGUUUAGACUUAGUUUAAACUUUCAACUUUGGCACAUGAAUAAUUAAUUAAAGCUUUCCCUGACCAAUGGUUUAAUAGUUUUUGCACACGGCAAACUCUUAUGAAUGAAACUCUGAGGUAGUACUACGAUACAGUUAUGCAAGUGGCUGUGAAUGGUUGCCAAUGACAACGUGUUGCACACGGUAAAUUCUGAUCAUUUAUAAUAUGGAUUCUACCGGGUUGUUAAAGCUCAAAUUAAAACAUUCCAGUUUAAAUGUCUUUAAAUGCAUUCUGAAACACAAGUUAUCAAUUAUUUUGAUGUAAAUAGUGAUAAUAAAUUAAUAUUUCCUAAGUAUCGUCAACUUCCGCCAUUAAAAAGGGGGGCGUGGCCAACCCCAUGGCGAAAUUAGGUUGAGCGAGCUGCAUGACCUGCUGCGAACGCGUAGAAACAUGGCGUCUCUCGUAAGACACUUAUCCAAAUGGAACGGAACUCAAAUAUAUAUCGAAAGUACUAAUUUAAUAAUAAAUAGACACACACAUCGGAAAAUUAAAAACUCUGAUUUUUUGGCGCCGAUUGCGAAUUCCCAUACACAAAAAGUAGUAGUCCACCUUGACUUACCGAAGUAUCUACCAAUAGUACCAAAAUCCGGAAUCCGGAUUAUUCCGGAAUCCGGAUCCGGCGGAUUUCGCAUAAGAAAAUCCGGAUCCGGUUGGAAAAAACGGAUCCGGCACACCCCUAAUGUUAGUCUAAUUAUAUAAUACCAGCAAUAUACAAUAAAUAUAUGGUCAUACCAAUACAUCUACGGUAACAUCUCUUCAAAGGAGUGCUUUUAGCAUUACUGGUGUUAUGCGCAGAUAACAGUGCUCACUCGAUCGUCGAAGGAUACAUAGACAUUAGUAAUUAGUAGCCCUAUAAUUUUAUAAUAAUAUAUUGUUACCUGUAAUGAAAAAUUUCUUUACCACUUCUAUUAACACUUUAUGUACGCCUAAUGCAUAGAAAUAGAAUAAUAAAAAAAUAAAUAAAAAAAAAAUAUCCCCAUAACUGUACAAUGAAAAAUAAUUUUAUAAGACUGUAAAGGCAUAAUAACUAUGCCAUGUAGGAUGAUAUUUAUUUUACUUCGUAAACUUCAUUCAUUUAAAUACAGGAAUCUAUAUUACUAAUAUUACAGCUAGCAAAAUUAACCGAAUAAUUAUGUAGGAUUACAUCUAAAUUGCUGUUAACAUCAACAUCUGAAUUCUUUCUUUUUUUUAAAUUGCCAUUGAUUGGAAAAAAAAACAACACUUGACAUCAGUGGGGCUUUAGACAAGCCGUUUUCAUUUUAAAAGUGAAUAAUCCAUUUGGGAUGUACAUGUGAGAAUUUGUGUGUAGCUAAUGUUAGAUCAUGUGGAUAUAAAGUCAGUGAUAAGUAGCUGACGUUUUUUUUUUCUUUCUGGGUUUUGGUGGAAAAUGAACUGCAAUCCGCCUAUUUAAACAUGCAGAUUUAUUGAAUAUCUCUAAAACUUUAACAUUCAAAUAAAAUUUGGAUCUGCAACGGAGUAAUAGUAGUAUUUGCAGAGGAGAAGAAAAAAGUGAUAUUCAGCCCUAUCAGAUUUCCGAUGUGAUUUCUAGUUGUUCCCUAUUAUAAAUUGUACAUUUUAGUUUUAAUGUUUCAAUAUUGCACAUAGCAUAAAAUUCCUGGAAUACCUUAUAACAAAUUUAUCAGGUCCAUUUAAAAAAUUAAAAACAAGAUAUAUCUCCCUUUUAUAUUUAUUAUAUACUAGCCAAUAUACCCGGCGUUUCCUGGGAUUGCAUUCUCAAAAUAAAAAAAAAUCCUCUACAGCCUUUUAGCUAACAUAAAAAUUAAGGGGUAUGUAAAAAAACUCAGGACAAAGAAAAAAAUUAAAAUGUUAUAUUUCUACAUAAAAAAGGAUCCCCUUCCCCAGUGAGAUCCCGUUCUGUUUUUAUACCCAGUCGAAUAUGAUCUGGAUCCCAUUUUCUAAUGGGCGCCCAUACCUUGAGAUUCCUGGGCUGGAUCUGUUACCUGUCAGGAUCUUGUUAACCGGGUGGAUCCCGUUCCCAUGUUAUAUCCUAUUAACCCUAUGGAUACUGUUAUCUGGCGGGAUCCCAUUCUCGCUUUUGAUCUCAUUCCCCUUUUGAUCUCAUUCCCCUGUAGGAUUUUGUUUGAUGAAAUACAUAUAAAGUUAUCCCUAAGAUAGGGGCCACCUUUGGCAAAGGUCCAUAUAUACACUUACAAGCUUAUACUGUAAUCUAUACCCUAAUUUUCGUUGUUUAUUGUGUAGGUCAUUCAUUAUAAGGUUUAAUUAAUUUCGAACUAGCAAUAAUCUUUAAAGGUAUAUUUAAUUUAUUCCAUUAAGUUAAGCGAAACUAUUGAAAGUUAUGGAACAUAAAGAAAGUAUGAAGAUAUUUAUAAUUUUAAAAUGGUUUUAGAAAUAAAUCAAAGCUUCUAAUAUAAUCUAGAAACUGAGAAACGUUAAAAGGUAACUCAGCAAUACUGAGAAAAUUCCUAAAAGGUUGUAGAAAUCUAUAGAACUAAAUUUAAGCUUUUAGAUCCUACUAUAUACCUGUGGAAAAAUAUAGAACUUACAGGAAAAUACUAGAUUUAAUACCCUUCUCGAAACAUGCAAAAAUGACUCGUCAACUUAAUUACUUUUCAAUGUGAUAAAAUCUAAAACAAAAUACUAUAAUUAUUUUUCUAUUUUUAACUUUCAUUAGGUGCCAUGUUCGUUGUGCCUAAGACAUGGGGACCUAACAAUAUCAUUCUCAUUCAAAUAAAUUAAAGAGUUCAAAUCAUUAAAAAGAUCAUUCAAAUAUAUGAUGGAGUUAAAAUUUAAAAGUUGUCCAAUAAAAAUUGGCUGACAUCUAGUCUUUGAAAUUAUCAAACUUUCUGGAAAUCUAGACCAUCCCUAAAUGGAGUGGAUAUUAUUAGGUUUACAUCUGAAAUUUCAUUGUGGACUUCUAAUGGUUUGACUUUGUUAUGAACAAGGGUAUGGGAUUGGAGGCAAUUUCUGCCCCCUCCUCAUUGUAGACACCCCAGCUACAGUGGGUUAUUCAAAUUGCCAGUAUUACUUACAGAGAACUAUACAAACUAUACUUCUCAAAGGGGAAUUUGUUUUUAAAAUGUCUUGCCAGAACUACAUCUGACACCCCUCCACUCACUUUCUUUUCAUAUUUCUAGGACAUGAUGGAAAAAUAAAAACCACACUAAUAAUAAUAAGCAAAAAUCAUGUUUCCUGUUAAAUGAUUAGUUGCUUCAGAAAAAAACUUGCAACUGAAUUUCUGAUUAUGCAUAAAUCUCCUUAUGUAAUGUUAUCUGUUUAUCAUGAGAUGCACAAUGAACAUACUGAAUUGGGAUAAUUUUAAUAAAACAGGAAAGGAUGUUCUGGUUUCAUUGAUAUAAUUUUAAAAACAAAUCGUAUAAACAUGCUAAAAAAUUUUUAAGUGCCCUCCUUAUCUUUAAAAAACUGUUAUUUACAUCAUUGUACUAUACAUUGAAAAUUGAUAUGUUGUCUUUUAGACCCUUAUACUUUUGCAAUCAAGCCUAUCAGUUAUUAGUUAUAUGCAACAUAUUCUUUCCUCAUUUUACAAGCAUUGCUCAAACCCAAUUAUCCUAACUAAAUUUUUUUGUAUGCACUUUUCUAGCCAUUCUUGUUUUUAAUAUAAAUGUGUUUAUAUACCUUUAGAGAAAAUUAAUUAAGUAUAUUUCAAUUUUUGGUUUUAUGAGGAUUGUAUCAUUGUAUUAAGUAUGCAUUUAUAGAAUAAAAACAUGACAUGCAUUAUUUUGUGUGUAAUCAAACCUGCUGAACCAGCAUCAGAUUUAAUGUUAAACUUGUACUUGAUUUGGAUGAUCUCUUCUAUUUGAAACUUGAUUUGUUUUAAUAAUUUUUUUAUCAUCAUUUUAUUUACAUCGUGUUAUUUUGCAUUAUUAAUUUUGUAUGCAUUAUUUUCCAUGCACUAAUCUUUAUCCUUUUAUACAUAUCAUUAAAAAUAACUAUUUCAAAUUUGUGUUGUGUGAGUAAAUAUAUUAAAAAUAUUUUUGUAAAAUGUCUAACAUGUAACAUGAACAUAGUGUUGCUUACUCAUCUUAUUUACAGCUGUUUGACUCUAUACAUGUUUAACAUGUUUUUUAAGUUAUCUGUGGGAUGAUAUGAACAUAGUUUAUUGUAAUUUUUUGUUGUAGAAACUAAUUGGUUUCAGCAUUCAGGCUUAUUUCAUGAACUUGACCUUUUAGAGCCUGUUUUGUGUCCUUUUAUUAGUAUUAUUUGAUUGUGAUAUGUUGUCACUUCAAGUUGGCAAUUGGGUGUAUCUAUAAUUUUCUUAUUUCAGAUAUUUCACAAGACUCAUUUGCUUCUUCUAAGCUUGUUGGCUCACAUCGUUUUGGCAAUCAUAAAAAGAAACCUUUUACUUUCAUGCCUCAACAUCAAUUAAAAGACAUGCCGUCCUCUUCAAAUUCUUCACAUUCCUUUACUGGGACAAGUGUCCAGAUCCCUUCAAAAGCAGAGUGUCCUUUUGAUCAAACAAUACAGCGUUAUAUUUGUCCCAUCUGUUAUCACAAGUAUUUAACAUACUCAUCACUUUGCAACCACAUGAAGUUCAAGCAUAUGGGAUUAUAUGAAGUAUAUUGUGAAAUAUGUGGAAAAGGCUUUCAGCGCAGAGUACAUUUGGAAGGACACAUGGCUAUGCAUGGAAAUCCUAUGAACUUUGAAUGUCUUAUCUGUGGAACUAAAUAUGCUCAUAAAACAUCAUUGCGUGCACAUGAAAAGCUAACACAUGGAAUAUUAUCAUAAAAUUAUGCUGUGUUUUUUCUUUAAAAGAAAUAUUUUGGUGUCUAUCAUACAGAAGCAUAAUUUACACACACACACAAAAUUGGGUCUUUUUCUUUCAAUGUAUUAAAAAUUAAAACUAUUUACAAUAGUAAAAGUCUUAAGAAAAGGAAGACCUGUGAAAAGUAGUAAAAUUAAUAUUCAUUUAUGAAUGUCUUGCUGUGCAAAUUCACAUAGCUAAAGCUUUUUCAAAACUAUUGUUUUCAAAACUUUAUUUCAGAGCAAUUUGUCAAUCAACAGCGUUCUACUGGAGCAACAGGGUCUGUUCCAUUCAUGGGUCGGACCUCGAGACAUAAUUUGUCUCUCAAAUCAAGGUUUUCCCAGGGGCUGGCCUUAGAUGAGUCUUAUCCAUCUUCCUCAUCAUUGGAUCAUUUAACUCUUCCAUCUGAUCAAUCAUCUUUUGAAUGCAAUGUUUGCAAUACUGUUUUUGAUAAUAGACUUUAUUACCAGAGGCAUAUGAAUAGCCUUCAUAGAGAGUCGAAGAGUUUGCCAUAUAUUUGUUCUCAUUGUCAUAAGGGUUUUUUCUCAAAAGUUGGAUUGCAUCAGCAUGAAGUACAGCAUACAGGACAGAUGUUUCAUUGCUCCUGGUGCAGCUCUAAAUUUACAUUUAAGAGGAACUUGAAUCGUCAUAUAGAAACUCAGCAUGGAACAAAACAUUGUCGAUACUGUGGUGUCAACUAUAACAUUCAAGGAAACUAUGCGCAUGACUGUACAAAUACAUAAAGUUGUACAUUUUAUUUGUUUAAAUUCACUCUGUGCAUUUAUAACCGUAAAUGCUGAUUUGUGUACAAUAAACCCUUUUCUCUCCGGUAAAAAAAAAAUCGUACUUCGUGGUGAAUCUUUAAGGAUAUUAUGCCCACUUUCAUUCUUUUUGUUUCAGAAGAGUAUUGCAGUCAAAUGAGAAGAAGACAGAUUCAGCAUCCUUCAGUCACAGAAGAAAUUCAUCCAAACCGUAGUCAUAUGUUUGUCUCUAACAAAUCUGAUAUGACAUCUUAUUCUGGUGCAGAAUCUCAGAUUCAACCAGAAAUGAGAUUGUCAAACUUUGACUCUAUGAAUACACCAGACACUGAUCAAUCAGCAUUCCUAAAAUUUGGAUGUCAGUAUUGCUUUAAACAGUUUGAUACAAAAAUGAUUUUAAACCGACACAUGAAAGACGAUCAUCAUGGACUACAAGCUACAUACCCAUAUAAUUGUACAGAGUGUGGCAAGGGCUUUUUCUCCUAUUCUGGACGAAAACACCAUAUGGAAAGUCAUUUCGUCAAAUCAGAGUGUUCUUUCUGUGGCCACACAUUUAAGUACAGCAGAAAUUUGAAGAGACAUAUUGAAAUUAAUCAUAACAUGAAAGAGUGUAGACAAUGCAAGAAUUAUGUAAGCAGAUAUGAUUUUGAAGCUCAUGUUCUCAUUUGUACAGGAGAGUGUCCGUAACAGAAGCAACAAGACAGAUUGAUAAAUUAUUUAGUGAAGCCAGUUCAUAAAUGGUCUUUUUAUCUUCACACAGUUUUACCUAAUAUCAAAUUAAUGCUUGAGUGUGUAACAAUUUUGAAAUAGGUUAUUAUGACAGAUUUCAAAUUCAAGCAUUUUGUUUGUUGCAGGUGUUAAUGGUAGUGAUCAUCAAAGAAAGCAUCUACAAAAACGACGCCCAUUCAACUCCACAUCACAAAUACUUCAUGGUCUUAGCCAUCAUUCACAGAACCCAGAGUUAUUCACUCAAAUCCCUUUUAGUGGUGAAUCUGGACAGUCCCUGCGCAACUCAGUGGACAUUUGUGCUAUAUGCAGAGUUGCACUUCCUUUUGGUAUUACUUACCAAUACCACUUUAAUGAAGUUCAUGCUAUUGAAUCUCCAGGUGGCCUCUUAAGUGGUAUUGAUCCUUUUGCUUGUAACAUUUGCUUCAAAGGAUUUGCAACUAAGGAGAGAUUACGGCAACACAGUUCAGUACAUGACACAACCAUUUACUCAUGUUACAUUUGUGAUGUGAAAUUCAAACAUAAGAAAAAUAUUGGACGACAUUUGGAGAGCACUCAUGGAUUAAAAAAAUGCAUGUAUUGCAUGGCCCUAUUUAAGAAGGGAGAAGAUUUUAACAAUCAUAUUUUGGGUUGUGAUAUAUCUAAAGAAAGUGGCAUUCAUUCAUAGUUUAUUUAAAUAGCUAAUGUCUACUUGUUUUUUAAUUUUUAACUGAUGUUAUAAUAUUGAUAAGUUAUAAAAAAAAUUCUUUGACACUUUUCUUCAUUAUUGUGAUAAAAUAUUUUAUUUCAUUGAUUGUCAUAAUUUUCAUGUACUAAAAUUAAUAAACAAGUCCAAGUAAUUAUUUGUUAUUGGAUAUUUUAAUGAAAGAGCAUGGGUCUUCUUCUCCAAAACGUGUUAAUUAAGUUUAAAAGUAAAUAUUGAUUUUUAUUAACGAUGAUAUUUAUUAUAACCUUUGCAAAUUUUAUUUUGAACUAGUUGCUACUCUUUGUCAUUUUUAAUUUCACAAGGCAUUUAAUUAGUCAUAAAUUUAGUUUGAUAUCCCCCUUUCACCCUACAUGCUUUAAAGAACAUUUUUUUUCACAGAAUCAUAUUUUUAGUUUCAAACAUUGGAACACGGCACAAUUUUACUAAAAGUGAAGGAACCUAAUGUUAGACUCAUAAUUCUUGUCACAAUUUAUUUAAGAGAAAUUUAACAAUAAUUUACUUUAGAAAGUGGUUUCAAUCAAGCAACUUUUAGAACAAUUUUUAAGUACAGAUAAUUUUAUGAUUAAGCAUUUUAAAUCAUGUUAUAUUUUGUAAAUGUAAAAGUAUUUAAAAAUGUAUGUAAAGCUUUUUGUAAAUAGAAGUGUCUUUUUAAAGGCUGAUGUAACUAUAAAUAUUUAAAUCUUGUCAGGAUAUGCUAAUGAAUAAAUAGUUUCAAAACUGUAAGAGUAUUUUCUAAAUUUUUUUCUUUGUUUUGCAUUGUUAUUUAACUGUUAUAUUGUAGAAGUCUAAUUCCAGUAUUUCAUAUAUCCUUGUAUGUUUGUGUAUGAUAACAUGAGCAGAAUAAUUGCAAUGCCUUCUAGCAUUGUGAGCAAUAAACGAACAUAUAAUCACUUUCUCUGUUUCAGGAAGAAGAUCUUCCUUCACAAGUCAAGCUCCUCCCCAACACUUUAAGAAUACAUUUGAUCAGCUUGGGCCUAAUAACUCAUUUGUGAAUUCCCAAGCAAACUAUUUUGGGUCACACCAUGACAGUGCAGCAAAUUUUGUCAGUACGGAUACUUUUAGAGGUUCUGAAUCCUCUGUUCAAUGCUCUUUUUGUGAAUGCAAACUUGACACUCGGGGGAUGUAUCAAAAACAUAUGAAUGAAUGUCAUAGAGAGAAAAAUGCUUUACCUUUUACUUGUUCAAUGUGUCAGAAAGGAUUUUUCUCAUUGACUGGAUUGCGACAUCAUAUAGAGGCACAUAAUGGUCGGCAGUUUGUCUGUGCUGUAUGUGAUGCCAGAUUUCAACACAAACACAAUUUAAAGCGCCAUGUAUUGGGUGUUCAUAGGCUACAAGAGUGUCCCAAUUGUACAGCAACAUUACCAGCUGGACCAGAAUAUAAUUUACACCUUUUACGCUGUGGAACAGAUGUAACAGAUAGAAAACUUUCACAAUGAGAAAGGAAUCCCUAUUCAUUUUACAAAGUUGAUAAAAAUGGAUGUGUUAAUUCAAAGUAUUCAUUGAUUGAUAUUCUGAUUUUGACAGUGUUUAUUUCAUUAAUUAAAAAAUCUUUAACCGCAUUCGUGGCUCUGCUUUGCAGUGUAGAAACUGCAACUUAACUGACAGAAAACAUUUGGUUUUCUUUUUUUCAGGCAUCAACAAGACUGGAAACAGAGGAAAGAUACAAAAUAUGGCUGUAUCAUGUUCAGGAAAUGAACUUCAUAUACCCUCUGACUAUAGCAGUAUCUUAGGGAGUGAUCAUUCAAGCAAUUACUAUAGCCCUAGUGCAUCAAACGACAUAAACUUAACACAGGACUGGGACACUGACCAAGAACCAAACAAGUGUCCUUACUGUUUGAUAACAACACAUACUCGUACACUUUUGCAAAGGCACAUGUCAACAAAUCAUAGCGAUCAGUUGCCUUUUUCCUGUUCACUCUGCUCUAGAGGCUUUUAUACUCAAUCUGGUCUCCAAAGGCACAUAAAAGAUCAUGGAGCUGCCUCCUUUUCCUGCAUGUUCUGUGAUUUACAAUUAAAACGAAAGCAAUAUCUUGUUAAACAUUUGAAAGUUGUCCACAAACUUUUUCCGUGUCUCUAUUGCUCAUCUACUUUUACUAUCCAGGAGGAGCUAAACCAGCAUCUUUUAAAUUGUGGAAAAAAGUUCUAACUUACAAGCAAUGGUUUUGAGAUAUUCUGAAACCAAACUUACUUUCUAACGAUGUGUAUUGCUUAUUUGCAUUUUUAAAAACAACCUUUUUUGAGCUAGUACAGAAUCUAUUCUGGAUCAUGUCAUGUUGUCAUCAGCCAUUUCUCAUCCUUUAGUGCUAAAGGUAUUACAUUGUGAAUUUCCAAACCUUACUUUUUUUUCAGGUGCAGGUUUAAAGCAUGUGUUUGACAGACCUCGCACAUCAACAUCCAGAAUAUCUCAUGAUUCAUUACCAAGUCAAGAUGGGAUAUUUCCCAAUAGUAAUUUGUUAGAGAAUAGCACUUGCACCUUUUGUGGACUUGUACUCUCAACACCUUUUCUUUUGAAACAGCAUAUGUCAUACAACCACAGUGAGCGUUUACCAUUUAGCUGUGCACUUUGUGGCAAAGGAUUUAUAAGCUAUUCUGGACUUCGUCAUCAUAAACGUACUCACUUGGGCUGGCUAUUCCCUUGUGAUUUUUGUGGAGCAAAGUUCAAGCACAAGCAUCAUAUGAAAGAUCAUGUAAAAAAGUUCCACUCUGAAUUUUUGAAUGGCUCAUCAUAGAUGAUUACAAAAAUAUGUUUCCUUAUCCUGCAGAGAUUUUUUUUUUUUUAUGUUAAAAAAAAAAAAAUAAAAAUGACUCUAAUGGAGCUAAUUUUUGAAUGGCUCAUCAUAGAUGAUUAAAAAAAUAUGUUUCCUUUUCCUGCAGAGAUUUUUUUUUUUUUAUGUUAAAAAAAAAAAAAUAAGAAUGUCUCUAAUGGAGCUGUGUGGAACAGUGAAGCUGUUUCCAACUUACUGAAGUAACUUUUCUUCAUUUCAGAGAUGAUCAACCCAGAUGCUAAAAGUUAUUUUCAUCAUGACAAUUUGCAAACCAGUCCUGGUCAUCAAGCAAGAUUUAUGGCUUACGCAGGCAAACUGAGCUCUCAUGAAACAUCAACAGAUUACUCAAACUUUUAUGUGUGCUCAUUCUGUAAGACACAACAUAAUACAUUGGCUUUGUACAAGCAACACUUAUCUCAUUACCAUGGUGAUAAGCUUCCUCUCAGUUGCUCCAUCUGUGGCAAAGGAUUCUUUUCUAAGUCAGCUCACUAUCACCACAAAAGAGCUCAUGAAGAGAGAAAAUUUGAAUGUCAUGUGUGCAGUUCCAAAUUUGUUAUGAAACAUCAUCUGAAAAUGCAUUUGAUUGGUGUUCAUAAACUAGUGGUUGAAAAUUUGUAAUGGGCCUUUUCUUUCAAAUAUUUGUGAUCUUUGUCUUAUACUGUUAAAAUUUUAACCCUUUUGAGUUUUGUUUUAUCUUGUGUGCUUUAUCAAGAGUACAGGUUAAAUGCAUUUACAGUGGUAAAGCUUAAUUUCACUGAUUGGGUUCCCACUAACUUUUUACACGGAUCAAGUGUGAGAAUGACACAGUGUUUAUUCUGUUUCAGGAGCAAAGUAUACAACGACCCAAAAUAAUCAUCCAGGGAGUAUGAGAGCCACUUCUUCAAGAACACUUUAUCCUCACUCAGGAGAUGAAUCAUCAACAUAUGAAACAUUUCCUUGUUCUGAUUCUUUAGAUUUGCCUAAUAUUUUACAAUGUCCUCACUGCUCAGAAACAUUCCUAGAAAAUUCAGCCCUUAAGGCGCAUCUCUCUCAGUAUCAUGGGCAAAAUAUGCCUUACACGUGUUCAUUAUGUGGAAAAGGUUACUAUAGUGCAUCAGGUCUCUAUCGCCAUAUUCGGGUCCACAAAGGAAAAAUGAUUAUGUGUCCAGUUUGCGAUUCUAAAUUUACUCAAAGUAGCACUCUGAAAAGACAUUUAAUACGGUCACAUGGCCUUAUUCCUUGUAUUUAUUGUAAGCUUAUUUUGAGACUGGGAACAGAAUACAAUCAGCAUAUCCAUCUAUGUUGCAAAGCUGUUCAAAAGGAUGUUAGUAGUCUAGACACAUCUUUAUCAUUGUCAUAAAACCUUUUAUGAUUUGCAAGUUAUCAACUUAAAAAUUUGUUAUAACCUUUAUGUUUUGAUAAAUUAAAUUUUGCAUAAUUAAUUGCUUGUUUCCAUGUACAAUGUGUCAGUCUUUAUUUUUUUAUUUUUUUUUUUAGUUAUUUAGAAUGAUAAUUUAUGAAAAUAUGUACUCAUUAAUAAAAGUUAAUUUUAGAAAACUGUAACCAAAUUGAGUCAAAUUGACACCCCCUUGUGCAACUAACACCGGGGCAGUGAUAAACCUUGAAAAAAACUUAUAUUGUUCACUAUAUUGUUUUUUCAGUAAAAAUAAAUUUGGGAGCAACAUUCACUUUCAAUUUAGCUAGAUAAAAAUUACUGUACCAUUCUGUUUCUUUUACUUUUGCUUAACAGCAUUAUUUUUAAAAUAGUGGUUUCUUAAAUGUGUUUUAACAAAAAUGACUGACAACCCCAAAUAAAGCUUUUUACCCGUUCUAACCAAGAGAUUAAGGUCCUGUUAUGGUUUAUGUACUAUGAAUGCUCUGAUGUAUCUUUUGGACUGUAUAAAUCUUUUGGAUUUCAUUUACAACUGUUGAGUUGUGGCACAUUCAAGUUUUAAAGAAGUGAGCGUGUAAUGAAAAAAUGACUUGGGUUUAUAAAGUGAAUCUUGAAUUAUUUUUUUUGUUUCAGAAAGGUCUCACAAAACUUCAAGAUGGAGAGGUGGAGAUAAUAUAAGACCCAUUAAUUUUCCUGGAAGUUCUAGGGGCACUGCAGUCCCAUUUAACAAUAUGGAAUCAACAAGGCUCAUUUCGAAUUUAGUAGAAGCAAACUUAUCUUUGCCAUCAAUUAUUUGUUGUCCUGUUUGCCAAGAGACAUUUUUGGAUAAUGGAAGCUUUAAAGCACAUAUGUCACAAUAUCAUGGAAAUGAGAUGCCUUUCCCUUGCUCACUGUGUGGGAAAGGCUAUGCAAGUUUUUCUGGCCUCUCCCUUCAUUUGCAAGUUCAUGAGGGAAAAUCUUUUCUCUGUCCUGUUUGUGACUCCAAAUUUACACAAAAUAGUACCAUGAAAAGACAUUUGAGGAUGGUGCAUAAAACAACACAGUGUCUGACAUGUCGAAACAUUUUUAAACUAGACUCGCAGGAAUAUCAACAACAUGUUCUUACUUGUGGUCGAUAAUUAUUUUUACAUAUGCCUCUGCUACCUAAUAAUUGUGUAACAAACUCCCUGAAAUGUAAUAACCUGAUGUUUUAGGAAAUUCCCUAAAUUGUUAAACAAGAAAUAAAACAAAAUUGUGAAUUAUUAACAAUU